AUGAAAGGGUUACUUUUAACCUUAUUAUUAGUACUCACCAUCAUAUUGGGUGUAUCAUCAUCAGUCGUCCAUCAAAAAGGAGAACAGUUUCACCAAAAAGUUAAACAACAAUUUGAAAGCGGUAUUCUUCCAGCUGGUAGUCCAAUCUAUGACUACACAUGCACUGUCAAUCCUGAAUAUCAAUCAUGUACAGUCGUUCCAACCCAUGAACAAAAUACAACAUUUUGUCCAACAGUUCCAGCAUGUUUACAAUAUGCUGAUUUACUUGGUUCCAAAUCAUUGAAUAUUAAAGUACAAGCUGGACGUUAUAGUGAUUGUGUUGGUUAUAUGCAAGGCAAUUUCAAGCUCAUCAACAUUGAGCCAUACUCGUCGAUAGAUAUUGUCAAAUUUACAUGUAACAGUACAUUCCUCCAAUACACCUCCAACUCUGUUGCCAAGAUGACCAUCACCAUCAAUAACCUCAAUAUCCUAUCGACUGCCAGUGUCGGUCCAGCAAUGGGAUGUUUUGCCGUGUCUUCACCAUACGGAUCAUUGUUACAAAUCACCAACACCUAUAUCGGUGGAUGUAGAUCUAACCUCAACGGUGGUGCCAUCAACGCACAAGGUUUCUACGUUGUCUUGAAUUCAUCGACCAUUUCCGACUCUUAUUCCAACCAAAAUGGUGGUGCCGUCUACUCUGACGAUCAAAUCAUUGCCUUGAACUCUUAUUUCCAAGGAUGUUCUGCCAAGAUCGCUGGUGGUGCAUUCUACACUGAACAAUUGGCAAUGUACGCUUGUACAGUCAACCAAUGCAAUGCCUCUAGAUCAGGUGUCAUGCAAUCCAACAUCACCGUCAUCACUGGAUACACUGUAUUGAGUGAAAACUCUGCUCUUGUCACUGGUGGUGUUAGUGACAUUCAAAAGGGUAGUUACUUUAGUGCCAACAGCACUCAAUUCUUCUCAAACUUUGCUAGAAAUGUUGGUGUCCUCAACAUCAAGACCGCUCAAACAAAAUUCCAAGCCUAUAAUUGUUUUUUCCUUUCCAACAAUGGAACUGGCGCUGGUACUAUUAGAGUUGAAUUAAAUUCAAAUGAUGAACCAUUUAAUUUGGAUUUAACAAAGAGCGUAUUUGAAUACAAUAAUGCUCAAUCUAUUAUUGGUGGUGAUGAUGUUGAUUUUAACGCUGCAUUCUUGUCUGGUAGUUCUAUUAUCGGUGGAUACUUUAUGAGCAAGAAGUCAUUUACUCCACAAUACGAUAGUAAUUUGAAUUGGGUCAAUGUCAGAGUAUCUUCUGAUUGCCCAGCCUCUAAACCAGUUAAAAAUAUUCUUUAUACAUCGGAAUACCAAUGUGGUCAAGUUUAUGGAUCAUGUUCUGGUUAUGCCAAGGUUAAUUAUUAUGGUAAUGUCUAUGAUUGCACAAGUGAUAGUUCAUCAUCAACUGAUAGCAGCAGCAACAGCUGGUACUCAUCAAGCAGUUGGGGAGAAUGGUCAUCAAGCAGUUUUGAAAGCUGGUCCUCUUCCUCCUCUUCAUCUGAUGAGGAACAUGGAAGUAUCCUCGCUGCUUAUCUUUUUACCAUGGUUGUUGCCUUGUUAUCCCUAUGUAUUUUCUUUACUGUCGUCAUUCCAGGAUUUAGAUAA